UAAAACACCCAAAGUGCAGGAGCUUCAAGCAGAUACUCAGGUCAAAUCCACACCUGCCCAGAGCCCCUCUAAACUUAAGGAGUCCAACUCAACAGCAGCGAUCACAACAGUAAAAGGAAACGACACUAAGCCUGACAGCAUGAAUGUGCAUCAGAUGAUGGAAGAACUUCGCAAAGAGAUGAAGCAAAUGUUUCUGGCUGUAAUGGAAGCAAGCCCCCGUCCUCCUGAACAAAAGCGGAGAGCGAAAGGCUGCAAGAAAUGCAGGGAUGAGGGGACAGGUGAGAGCUGUUCGCACUGUUUCAAAUGUGGGCAGGAAGGCCAUUUCUCUCGUGGAUGCAGAGCAUCGUCGGGAAACGGGCAGGGACUACUGAGAUGGGGCCAGCAGUAGUCCAAGAAACAGCGCCCCAAAAUGAGCAGCCAUCACCCAGCCCAGUCAUUCAACCUAUAACAGCCCUUGGAAAGAGAGCAUCUGGUGCCUCGUCAGCUGUAAGUGUAGUUAACUAUAUUCCACCUCGAUACCAGCCACAGUUAGUAAGCCUUGUAGGAAGCCGAUGUAUAGUGGACUGUGUCAUGGACAAUCGCCCAGUUAGAGCCCUGUGGGACACAGGAGCACAGUCCAGCAUAGUGAACGAACCCUGGCGAAUGAACCACCUCCCCCACACCAUUGUAAAACCCAUCUCAGAGUUGUUGGGGGAUGAGACACUGACAGUCUUUGCUGCCAAUGACACGCCCAUUCCAUAUAUCGGCUGGAUUGAAGUCAGUUUCAGAUUAGGUAGUGACCCCACCAAAAUGAAUGAACUACAAGUCCCAAUGCUUGUGUCAAGUGACCCAGCAGUUGCCAGUGACCCCAUCAUCGGCUACAACGUCAUUGAGGCCAUCAUUAACAGAAAUGAGGAAAAGACAAAAAGGGAAAGAAAGCAGUUGGCACAGAAAGUGAGUAGAGCCCUUGCAAUAACAGUGAAAACUGCUCAUCGUGUAGUUAAGUUGAUGCAGAAUGGUGAUUCAAAUUCAGAGAUUGGUGUAGUUCGUACCGGUGGGAAAAGAGUUCCAUUACCAGCAAACCAAGUCACCACUGUCUAUAUAAGAGCACAUGUGAGUUCACGAGCCCAAGGUCAACAUAUGUUCUUUUCACCUGACUUACUUAAUCCUCCCCCAGAAGGCAUUAUUUACAAUGAUGUACUGGUGCAGAUCCCAGAAAGGAGAGGGUCAUAACGGAAAGGAUACACCCUUGCCAGGGUGUGGGGUUGAUUCAGGUCAGUGCUUUGAGCAUGGUGAAGGACAGUGAGACCAGCCAACCUCUCACCACAGAUCAAAUCCGCAAAGCACAGGAGGAGGAUGAAAUCCUGUCGAGAGUCCUCUGGUACAAGUCACAGAGCAGGAGGCCAAGUAGAGCUGAAGUGAAAGCAGAAAACCCUGCAGUGUCCAUACUGCUGAAACAGUGGCUAAAGGUUCAUGUUGGUCAAGAUGGUGUUCUGCGCCGUAGAACUUCCCAUCGAGAACAACUGCUGCUCCCCAAAGUUUAUCAUCCGCUGGUCUUCAAAGAACUACACCAGGACAUGGGUCACUUGGGGGUCGAAAGAACGCUUGACCUGAUUCGAGAACGGUUCUACUGGCCACAGAUGAGUAGGGACGUUGAACAUUUUGUC